AGUGGCGAAGUUACUUUUGAGAGGACCGGAGCGGCGGUGUCGAGCCAGGUGAUACAGAAGCGGGGAAAGAGAAGCGGAGCAAGGGGACAGACGCAGGUGCACCUGAGUGUGGGGAGACGCGGGAGGAGCCUCAAGCACGGGGCUUCCCGGAGUUCCCCGCGCUGUUCUGCUCAGCCCCUUCUCUCCUUCUCCCUCUCCUUUCCGUAGCUCGCGUCGCCCCCGGCUGUUUCCAGGGCAACGGGAGAAGGAGACCCCGGGAGAGACCGCCCACGAGACCCUCGCGCGCAGCCAUGAGCCCCGCCCCCCACUGGUGUUCGGAGAGGGGCGGGACCUGGAGCGAGGCUGCUCCGUGACCCCACCAUGUCCACCCCUACCUCAAGUUCCCAGAAUACCCCCUUGCCUGGAAAUGUACCCCCUCAGCCCAGCGCCCCCUCUUCUAAACCCGUUGUAAAGGAGGAGCGUCCAGAGCCGUGGCCUGGGGGUCCAGACCCUGAUGUCCCAGGCACUGAUGGGGCCGGCUCAGCUUGCAGCGUGGUCAUCCCAGACCCAGCAGAGGAGCCAGAGCGCAAGCGAAAGAAGGGCCCGGCUCCAAAAAUGCUGGGCCACGAGCUGUGCCGCGUGUGCGGGGACAAGGCCUCCGGCUUCCACUACAAUGUGCUCAGCUGCGAAGGCUGCAAGGGCUUCUUCCGGCGCAGUGUGGUCCGAGGUGGGGCCGGGCGCUACACCUGCCGGGGUGGUGGAACCUGCCAGAUGGAUGCCUUCAUGCGACGCAAGUGCCAGCAGUGCCGGCUGCGCAAGUGCAAGGAGGCCGGGAUGAGGGAGCAGUGCGUCCUCUCCGAAGAACAGAUCCGGAAGAAGAAGAUUCGGAAGCAGCAACAACAGCAGCAGCAGCAGCAGCAGCAGUCACCCAUAGGGCCAGGAGUCAGCAGCAGCUCAGCCUCCGGGCCUGGGGCCUCCCCUGGAGGGUCCGACGGAGGUGGCCAGGGCUCUGGGGAAGGCGAGGGUGUCCAGUUAACAGCUGCUCAGGAACUAAUGAUCCAGCAGUUGGUGGCAGCCCAGCUGCAGUGCAACAAACGCUCCUUCUCUGACCAGCCCAAAGUCACGCCCUGGCCUCUGGGCGCAGACCCCCAGUCCCGUGAUGCCCGCCAACAGCGUUUCGCCCACUUCACGGAGCUGGCUAUCAUCUCAGUCCAGGAGAUUGUGGACUUUGCCAAGCAGGUGCCUGGCUUCCUGCAGUUGGGCCGUGAGGACCAGAUCGCCCUCUUAAAGGCAUCUACCAUUGAGAUCAUGCUGCUGGAGACAGCCAGACGCUAUAACCAUGAGACCGAGUGCAUUACUUUCUUGAAGGACUUCACCUACAGCAAGGAUGAUUUUCACCGUGCAGGCCUGCAGGUGGAGUUUAUCAACCCCAUCUUCGAGUUCUCAAGGGCCAUGCGGCGGCUGGGCCUGGACGACGCCGAGUACGCCCUCCUCAUUGCCAUCAACAUCUUCUCAGCUGACCGGCCCAAUGUGCAGGAGCCGAGCCGCGUGGAGGCCCUGCAGCAGCCCUAUGUGGAGGCGCUGCUCUCCUACACACGCAUCAAGAGGCCCCAGGACCAGCUGCGCUUCCCUCGCAUGUUGAUGAAGCUUGUGAGCCUGCGCACACUCAGCUCUGUGCACUCGGAGCAGGUCUUCGCCCUGCGGCUCCAGGAUAAGAAGCUGCCGCCUCUGCUGUCUGAGAUCUGGGAUGUCCAUGAGUGAAGGGUCCAGCAACCCUGCCCCAAAGCCCUGCACCCUACAAUGAAUGGACAUGGUCACCCCUUCCUCCUCGUGGGGUGGGAAGGAGCCAAGCCUAGGGUCCCACCUUAUGGCUUGGAGCACAGGCCCUGGCCAUACCAGCCCUUAGCCCUCAGGAUAAGUCCCAGUCAGGGUCCAGGAGGCUUCCUCCCUGCCCACUGAGUCUUCCUGGGAGGUGUGGAUGGGUCACAGGCCCUGACCUCUGACCUCUCCAAGCACUUCCAGCUGCCCUCCCCACCCAGCUUACACCUCAAGCCCACUGCGCAGUGCACCUUGAACAGAGGGAGGGGAGGGCUCAAGGCUCUCUCCCACAGCCUGAGAGACCCCAGGCCCCCUCUCCCUCUGCUCUUUUUAUUUAAUAAAAACUUAAAAAACUUUAAAA